AAAGUUACAAGGCUCAUCAUCCCUUUAAAUAUAUUUGCACUUGGACAAGGCUUGAUCAAUCCCCAAAACCAUUGCAUCAAUCUUUGAGACUAGAGAGGGCUUCAGACCACUUGUUGCAGACAAGCCACAAAAGGCAAUUGCAGAUAGUAGUGAAGUAUGAAGAACCAACUUCCAGGAGAGGUUGUCAGAAUUCCAAUCAACUGCCAAUGCAAUGAUCCCUCUCCUUCAAAUGGCGCUCUGAUGUUAACUCAAAAUAAAAUUGAUUCAAUGAAUCAUAGGAUGAAAAAACAUCCGAAAAAGACAGCAAAUUUUGUGCAUGGAGUCCGAGAGCAUUUGAGAAUAGGGUCUAAGAUCUCUGAAACCGUGAAGGGCAAGUUGAGAUUGGGGGCUAGGAUUCUUCAACUUGGAGGGGUGAAGAAAGUUUUCAGACAAAUUUUUGGUUUUGGAAAAGGAGAGAAGCUGUUGAAGGCUUCUCAAUGUUAUUUAUCAACAACAGCAGGCCCUAUAGCAGGCCUCCUCUUUAUCUCAACUCAAAGGCUUGCAUUUUUCAGUGAAAGAUCAAUCAGAUUUUCUUCCCCAAAUGGUGAAUUGGUUAGAUUUCAUUACAAGGUCUCGAUCCCACUAAGAAAGAUAAAGAGAGCCAACCAAAGUGAGAAUGUGAAAAAUCCUUCUUAGAAGUACAUUGAAAUUGUUACCAUGGAUAACUUUGACUUCUGGUUUAUGGGAUUCUUGAAUUACCAAAAAGCUUUCAGCUAUCUUCGAGAGGCUAUUUCUCAAGUGCAGAAUCCACUCCAGAACUGAUUCAAGUCAUAAGUUUCCUCCCUCCCGCUUCAACAAAUGUAUUUACGUGAACCUUGUUGGUUUUGAUAGAAACAAAGUGUAGAAUAUUUCAGGAAGCAACAGAACGUUGAGGAAUCUAAAGUGAUAUAUAAUUUAUUAAGCUUCAAAGUACUUAUUUAUACAGUAGCUUAAAACAGAAAAACAUAAAAAAUAGUAACAAACCUGCUACCUAUAGAUACUUCCUAAAGAAUAGAAACAAACCAACAAAUACUUCCUAAGGAAUAGGUAAAUCUUCCACAUGACUAACUUAUUUGACUACUUCCACUUCAAUCUACUCAACUCCAUGUCAGCAGCUCCUAGGACAUGUCAUUCAACACUCCUCCUUGUCUCUAGAGCUGCAAACUCCAAUCCUAUGCCUCAAGAACUCAUAUCUAGCUUUGGGAAGUGGCUUGGUUAAGAUAUCAGCAUUCUGACUUUCUUAUCCAAUUUGUCUCUCUUAACAUGUGGAAUAUAACAGAAACAAAGACAACCAAAUGUUUUUAAAUUUUGCAGCCUUGGUUUAUGGCCAUACCAUGCUUCAAAAUGGACUCUUUUGUUGCAAAGCUUUUGUUGGCAAUCUAUUCAGCAGAAAGACUGAUGUAUGUGUAGCCUCAGCCCAGAAUUUCUUUGGCAGCCCUU